GGCGCAUCUAUUGAAAACUGUCAUAUAGCUGAGGUUACAACUGGUGACGCGAUGAAAACCAUACCCGUUCAAAAUGGGACUGUUCGCUGUCUUAAUGUUUUAUCGGAUACCAUAGAGACAUCUACAUUAGCUAGUACCCGUAGUUCCCUAGGUUUAUCUUCUAAAACAUCUACGAUAGAUAAACUGAGAACAAGCCAACCGACGACUAGGAAUCCAGCCUUUCAUCACCUGAAUCCAGCUCUACACGGGCCACAACCCAGGACCCAGCCUUGCACCCUCUGGGAAGGGCAGCGGCUUGCCACCCCGAACACUAGUCACCCCAAGGGAAAGUGCAGUGGUGAGCCUUGGCUAUACGACAUGCGACGGAAGGAACACCCGCUCGAUGCUCGUGCCCAACCCAGGUUGUUAUCGGUUUUCGGGUACUUAAGCUGGGUCCUCGGGAGUGUCUCGUCUUGUCGAAACUUAGACCACUAUUCCAUCAACUUCCACUUGAACCGUUCAACUCCGCCGGUCUCCUCCAUUCAGUUGCGCGGCAAUCCUUUCGUCAUUACUGUAGCAUGGAGCUUACGACAUCUUGUGCACGCCAGCACCUUCUCGUUGGUUAGCUGGCCUUCCUGCCCGCCUUCUUUAUUACCAAGCCCCAUACAGACUAGAGGUAUUCCGAUGCGCUGCAUUUUCAGGGUCUUGUCCUAUCCCAAUACAUUGCAGGUUUCCUCACACUUGCCGUGCUCAAUAAAGCAACUAAAAAAACACAGCAUUCAACUGGACUGCAUGAUUGGCCCGUCGUUAGCGUCAGCGUGCCCGCCACGAGAAUGUGGCAGCCUAGCAGCCUGAAUGGUGGUCGCAUUGCGUGGCUUACGAUGACUGGCAUAUGGUCUCCCCAACCACGUGAUAGGCCCUCGCUCAUAUUUCAGCUGACAAGCCUGCAACUUCGACGUCUUUGUUCAUGUCAACACAGAGAUAGCUCACGGACUUGACCUCAACAAUCCGUCUACGACUCGUUUCUUUCGUCUUCGACUCGUUGCUUCACUUUUAUCACCCAGGUGCGGUCAGCAUCAUAUGCGAGACGUGAACCGCCUG